AUGGUUACACUGCGGAAUCUCACGGAACCAAGGGGCCAUGCAGAAUAUUCCCUCCUGACUGUCUUGUGCUACGUGUCCAUCUGCAAACCCCUGCACUACGGGACCCUCCUGGGCAGCAGAGCUUGUGCCCACAUGGCAGCAGCUGCCUGGGCCAGUGGCUUUCUCAAUGCUCUGCUGCACACGGCCAAUACAUUUUCCCUGCCCCUGUGCCAGGGCAAUGCCCUGGGCCAGUUCUUCUGUGAAAUCCCCCAGAUCCUCAAGCUUUCCUGCUCACACUCCUACCUCAGGAAAUUUGGGGCUUCUGCUUUCACUACUUCCUUAGCACUUGGCUGUUUUCUGUUCAUUGUUUUCUGCUGUGUGCAGAUCUUCAGGGCUGUGCUGAGGAUCCCCUCUGAGCAGGGAUGGCACAAAGCCUUUUCCACCUGCCUCCCUCACCUGGCCGUGGUCUCCCUGUUUAUCAGCACUGGAUCAUUUGCCUUCAUGAAGCCCCCCUCCAUCUCUUCCCCAUCCCUGGAUCUGUCCCUGUCAGUUCUGUACUCAGUGGUGCCUCCACUCAUUUCCUUCUUCCAGUUCUGA